UAGUGCCUUGCUAAACUCCCCUGCUCGAAGCAGGCCCUUCCCUGGUGGGCGUGCGUGAGUGUCCCAAGCCCUCUCUAAAUAUAACUCCCUUCCAUAACAGAAAGAGAGAAGGAGGGAAAGAAGUAUUCACCCAAUCAGAAGCGCUGUGAAAACUUGUCAGAGAGGAGUUUUUUUAGGAUACACUGUGUUUGUCUCUUACCGUUUUGAUCCACUUUGUGGCCCCGGGUGGUGCUGGUGGGGCGCACCGCGGGAGGUGCAUUGUGCGUAUGCAAACUGAACGACAUGGCCAUUGUAUGCGUUUGGGCAUAUAUGGACGCACCGACGGCUCGGAGGAUAUAACCCGACUGAAGUUUCAGGAGCGGAGUGUUGCCCUCGGCUGUGUUUUGCUCUGCGCGUUUUUCCUUCCUCAGACUUUCUCUUGGCAUUAACCGCUCCGCGCCGUCGCUAUGAGCUGCCUGGAUGUGAUGUACCAUCAAAGCUAUGGAGCGCACUACCUCCCUGCAGCGGCGUACAAGGCGACGUACUACAACCACCACCACCACCACCAGCAGCAACAACAGAGACGGCUGAGUGUUUACAAUAAAAUGCAGGAGUGUAUUGAGCAGCAGCAAGGAGGAGGGAGAGGGAUGCUUUCCAGGGAUCAGGGCCUCAGCCGCCAGGUUCAAGCAGCACCAGGAACCGAGUCAGGCCGUAGAUCCACAACAGAGCUGAAGGAUGGUACUCAACCAGCAGAGGCAGAGUACUUGAGCUCCCGGUGUGUUUUGUUCACCUACUUCCAAGGUGACAUCGGCGAUGUGGUGGAUGAGCAUUUUUCACGGGCUCUCAGCCAGUCCAGCACGUUCAACAGUGAGACCAAACCCAUCCGAGUGACUCAGCCGUCUGCCUCAGCCACCACUGGAUUAUGGAAAGAUGGUGGGUCUCUUCCUGAGAGUCAAAGCAGCUCUGUGUGGACCAGCACUUAUCCAUCCCAGGCCAGUCCUUGCCUCCCAUCUGUCUCAGUCUCAGUCCACUCAGACUUCUCCACCAGCCCUGUUCCCUUCAACCACCCGGAAGGAGCUCUGUGGGCCGACCACGGCCUCUCCCAGACUAGCCUCCCACCUCCAUCUACCCUCCCUGAAAGCUGGACCUACAGCCUGAGUCCCCAAAGUACAAGUGGCUACCCUAAUGUUCACAACGUCUACCGUCCCCACCCUCAUCCUCACAUCCACACCAGACACCACCACCACCAUCCCAUGCUCCAUUCAUACCCGACUCACAGCCCAGCGUUGGAUCCCAGGUUUAACCCUCUGUUGAUGUCUGGGGUUAGGAGCCAGAACCAGCCCAGCACCAGUGCAGGAAGUUCGCCUCACAGCGAUGGGGUGAAGACAGAGAUGGACCCCGGCAGCAACAGCCCCGUCACAGCUACUUCUGUCACCUGGAGUCCCUCGUCACUCCAUGGGCCCUUGGAGGUGUAUGACUCAGUUCUUGAUCAAACCAAAGCAAAGACUUCUGUUUGGUUCUGAUGGCCUCACGGACAAAAGGAUGGAAUUAAUUCACACCAAUGAAGGACCUAUUUUGUGGCUCUGUUAUUGUUUGGCUGCAACACAAGCACUGUAAUGUACAAUGGACAUGGAAAGCUUAUUGUAGCUCACACUAUGAGUCCUGCACUGUUCGAACAGCUUUUCAUUCGGAUGAACUCAGGCUUUGGACUGAAAUGACAGCAGGCUAAUGCUUUGGCCUGUGAAGAAGAAAAGAGAAAUGUUCAGACUACGACAGGACUGCACAGACUACUACUUAAGAAUGGGAGACAUCCACUUCCUUGUCGGCACAAAGGAUAUUUCAUUUCAGUGCAGUGUGAGACAAAGUGGUUCUGUUUCAAGAACUUGAUUUUGAUCCACAUUUUGGUUUUGUACAGUACAUUUUUGUUAAUGAAUGUUUAUUUUGUGUGUACAGUUUUGCCAGGCUAAGGUGUUUGCUGGAUGAUUUCUGUUAAAAAAAAUGUUGGAGUUUUUGCUACAUUGCCUUCAGAGAUUGUGUAGUGUAAAUAGUGGUAAUAAUGUAUGUUUAAGAAAUAAAUGGUUGAACUUAA